CGGGGAGAAAAUCACAAAACCGUUCAGUAAGUCCAAACAUCAAACACUUCACGGGCGCUAAAAAAUCUUGAAAUGGAGACUUCUUCUUCAUCGUCGGGUUCUAUUGAGACUGUCCUUCGAACACUAGCAAACAAAGGCUGGUGUUUCCGCGACAUUGAUCAAGUGAAAUUACUCCUGUCAGCUCAGUCUAGCUUGGCCACCAUCGAUUCAGUUGAAUCAGAGCUUAUCAAAUUGGACUUGCGAUCCAUCGGCGGUAAAACGUUACCCGACCCUUCCUCUAUUCGAAAAGUUUCUCAUCUUCAGGGCCCUAUAGUUCUUCAAAUAUCUUCUGUCAGAGAUGUAUCUAGCAGCAAAGUGACUGAGAACUCAGGAAAUGCAAAAAGUCGGCGUCUUUUAAGAUUGAAGCUCACCGAUGGACACUAUGAAGUAACAGCGAUAGAGUACUCUUACAUACCAUCAAUUCCUGAUGAUGUCAUACCUGGCACUAAGGUCCGUUUGGAAAACAAAACAAUAGUGCGUAGUGGUAUUGUUUGUUUAAAUGCCAAAGCAGUUACUGUUUUAGGUGGAUUUGUUGAGCCACUUUAUGAGGAAUGGCAAAUGAACCGAAAAUAUGCAGGUCUCCCGCGCUCGUCUUUGAGACAGUUUCACGAAGGGGCCUCUUCUGGUCCACCGCCAUUUGAAAAGUUGCAAGUUGGAGCCAAUCACAAGAACAAGAACCAUGCUCAGCAGAAGAGAGACUCUGGUAAAAAUUAUGAGUCUUCCAUGUCUUCAUCAUCUAAAAGUUCAGUAUCCCUGCCUACUGGAAAAGCUGAUAGCUCUACAGACUUACAGAAUCAUAAUGAUUCAAGAGGUGACAAUUUGGGUGAUGAUCUGAAGCAAUCUAAUUGUGAACCAAAUGAAGAAAAGCCAAUCAUCUCUGAAGCAAGACCAAAAGAAGUGGUGGAAUCUUUCCCCGUUCAAAAUCAAGCAGCUUCACAAAAACUUCUCCAGAAAAUGAACCAGCCUUUCAGGGAUAAUCAUCGCAUUAGGGGUCAAAGACAUAGGGGGAAAGAAAAAGAGGAAGAUUCACAUCUCCUUACUCUUGAUGAAUGGGAAAGAAGUAGAAGUGGCAACAUUUCUGGAAAUCAAAAGCUUUCUAGUAUUAGCCAGGAUGAGGAUCUUGCGAGGCAGCUUCAAGAGCAGUUUGAUUUGGAAGAUGUUCAUGUACAAAAAGAUUCUAGCAUGACAGAGGCAGAAAAUAUAAGAAUGAAUAUGUUCAGAUUUGACCGAGAUGAUGCCAGAGCUCAUGGCACAAUGGGGUUUAGAGGAAGGGGAAGGGGAAGGGGAAGGGGAAGAGGAAGGAGGGCAGGCAGAGGGAGAACAUGAUAUAUUUUUGUAUGCAGCUAAGCCUCCUCUUUGGUUUCCGAGGUUUGUGACUUUGUCUUUUAUGACGGGGAAUUCCUCUAGGGUCAGUUUGGGAGUUCGGUUUUUGAAGGCUUUUGAAGGGUAGGCUUUGGAUGUCUAAGUUAUAUCUUGAUACUACGUGUAUUUUUGAGUUUAUUGAAAAAAAAUGAAAGAAUGACAUACUGAUAGAUAAAACAUUACUGCAACGUCAUUUUUUGUGUAGUGAAAGAUUAUGCUGAUCAAGAUAUAUACCAACCCAUCCAAUGUUGUGCCCUCCAAACCCUUGAGAACCUUCCGUCCAAGUAGACCCUUAAAGCAAUGCUGAGGUUUAUACUAACUUGUACAGCAACAUUUUUUUAUCACAAAUAUGUCACGGUGUUCGUGUCUAUGAAACCCGGGUAGCGUAUCCGUGAGACCAAAGAAACAAAAAAAUGGGUUGUGUACCACUUGAUGUACACUUUUCACUUUGAUUUACAAAUAGCAUUGCGCAUUCCUCAAUGUUAAGCAACGUGACAUGUACAAACAUUUCAAGCUCAAUGCUGGCAAGAAAUCUGCAUUCAUCGUGCAUUUGUGGCAUUCCCUCGCAGUACUUUCCCCCGUGCACGAGUCUUCCUUAACGCCAAAAAUGGGUUUAAUGCACCAAAUCCCCCUGUGAUUUGGAAAUUCGGCGCAUUAGCCCCCUGUGAUUUAAAAAAUGCGUCAAACCCCCCAGUGUUUUAAUUAAUCAUGCGCCAAAUCCCUUAUGUGAACAAAUUCAAUUGUCAAAUAAAAGAAAAAUGAUUAACAUUUUUGUAUGAUUCAGAGAUUUUGACAUAUUUAUUUGCAUAUUCAAUCAAAAUAUUAGGAAAAGUGAUUUUCAAAUCGUUAAAUUUAUUCAUAAAGGGGGUUCUAUGCAUGAUUAAUUAAAACACAAGGGGGUUUGACGCAUUUUUUAAAUCACAGGGGGCUAAUGCGCCGAAUUUCCAAAUCACAGGGGGUUUGGUGCAUUAAACCCCGCCAAAAAUAGGGGACAAGCUCUGGUUAUCUACCUUCAUAUCUCAAAUGGUACAUGCCAAUUUUUGUGUUGAUACAAUUCCAAACCUAAUUUGGCAAACCCUAACAAUCCUCUAUUACAACUAUGGUUGCAACAUGUUGCUGGGAAGAAGAGGAUAUAAGAAAAAUUAUGGAGAACUUUUGAUCUACAAGUGUAAAUAAGAACCUAAAAUUAGAGAAUAUUUUACACACACAUGUACGGAUCUUCUCCAAAUAUCUAGCUAGUUUUGGCCAAUAUUUGUUGCAAUAUACGGAUGAUAAUUGUGCUCCAACAACAUCCCAUGUAAUAUAACCAAAUGUAUAGUACGUAGUAUGUUUUAGUGCAAAUUUACAUUACAUAUGUAUUUGGUGACUUUGGUCACAUCUCAUUACGCAAUACCUUAACUACGUCGUAUGUUAGGUAAUGUUGUACUUAUCAUUUGCCCGUUAAUCAUGGUAGGUCCUCAAUAUAUUCUUCCAAGGAGACAAAGCCAGAACUGCAAAGGCAUGUGACGUUGAUUGGUAAUGCCCCAUACUUUGUACUAAUGUCCAUCGUGUAUGCAAUUUGUUGAUAGAACAACUAAACUCCCCGGGUUGCCACAUAUGCUUCGUCAGUUAGCAUGGCUUAAGAACUUGAUUGAGAAGUCAUAAUGUUUCUUUUCAAAAUUAUAUGGUGUUACCUAGUGUUUAUUUGAAACCGGGGGUGUCUGGGCCUUAUUUUGUACUCCGUAUUAAGCUCUUACACGAAAUAUCAUGUUAUUUUUUUGACUAACCGGUUGUGAUAGUAGUUUGCGAAUGAGAAUUCCUGAAAUAGGACUAAAGCACUCACAAUUCACAAAGGUUGCUUAAACAUGAUUCUUAGACCACUUGUAACCCAACAGUAUGAAUAGGUGAAAACACAAAUCUAGAGAUAUUCACCUUAUCAACUGUGCACCCCUUGUGUGUAAAGGGACAUAAGUGGGUAUAUUUUCACUCUUUGGGUUUAUCCUUAAAUGCAUGAAUUUAUGGACUUGUGCGUUACUGAGUUGUGGUCCUUGUGCAAAAAGAAGUACAAGGACACGAGAAUAACAUGCAUGUGUUGCAAUUUCAAGAAGUAAAUAAAAAGUAAAAGAAAUAAUAAAAAAGAAUAAAUGGAGAAUUUCUUUUGAAUUGAGUGAGUGGUGACGAGCAAAAUUUGCAAACGCACCAAGUGUGAACGAAUUCUCGCAAUAUGUAGAUGAGAUGGCAUCAUCACACCUACACAACUUUUAUCUAAAGUUUAUGGGUGAUUAAAAUUUGAGGAAUGAUGGAAAAAAGUUUAAAUAACGAACACCGCCUAUAGGCUAUAGAGCGAGAAUUAGGGAUGGACGGGGAUGGGCCUACCCGGCCUGCUACCCGUUCUGAUCCGCCACUAGGCAGGCCGCAGGCCCGGCCUGGCCCGGGACCCGACCCAGAAGAAGAAAGAGGUGGGCAUCGGGCUCCUAUUCUGGUGGACUAGCCCGGCCCGGGCCUAAUGGUCACCAAUUAAUUUUUUCUCCCAUUGGGCUGGAUGCUAGGUGGGUGGGGUUGGCCGCGUAGGGAUGGACCGGUUCCGGGUCGGGCCGGUCCAAACCACGCUUUUUUCUUGGGGGGGGGGGGGGGGACCGACCCGGGAUUCCACUAGGUUCGGGCCGGUUCAAUUAUUUUUGUUUUGAAUUUCUAAUUAACCCCCGACCCCCCCAACCCCCCGAAACACGAAACCCAACCCGGGAAAAACAAAAAAAAUUGAAAAAACAAAAAAAAAAA